UCGUUUGUCGAGGGGUUUGAUUGACAGCUCAUCGCCCCGCCCACUCUUCCGGGAGACUGCAUUGACCAUCAUGGCGCUCGCAAGAAGUGUCUACAACCUGCUCUUCAGAAGAACGUCUACUUUCGCUAUAACCAUCAUGGUGGGAGCUGUUGUCUUCGAGAGGGUGUUUGAUCAGGCUGGAGAAGCGGUGUUUGACAACAUAAAUCAGGGGAAACUCUGGAAACACAUCAAACACAGUUAUGAGCAGAAGGAUGAAGAAUAAUGAUGCAUCUUGUGGAGCGUUCAUUCUACCAUCUUCCGGCCGGAUUCUCCUGGGGACAUAGACAGAGACUUAUUGCAGAACCCUGAUGAAAAUGUCACGUGACCACUUGUUAUUGUGCCAUGUGUCACAUUCUUCACCAUUUGUAAAUGUGUUGCUAGCUUAAUUCUGUAUCAAUAAACCCAACGACCCCAGAA